AUGGAAAAUAAAGCUAAUAUAAAUCAAGAUUUUAUCAAUAGCCUCGAAAACAAUAACCUUAUCGAAGGAACCAAUAAGUCCGAUGAAAAAAAUAACACUAUUGAACCUAAAGGCGUUCAAGAAAUGAAAAUUAAAGAAAAUGGCACAAAGGAAAGUCAGAUAAAGGAAAAUCAAGAUACAAUAGAGGUAAAAAUUGCUAAACCUACAACUUUCAAAUCUCAGUCAACUGAUGAGGCUAAAAAAAUCAUAAUUAAUAGAGAUAACAUCACAAAAUCUGUUCCAACUAAUGCUACUUUGAAAGGGCUUGCAAAAGCAUCUACAUCAGAUCCUUUAUUCAAUAAAGAGAGAUUAAAUAUCAACAUGAAUAUUUCUCAGCAAAUUACAAAUAAAAUUAACAACCAAAUCAACCAACCUUCAUCUCCUGUUUCAACAAUUAAUCUAAUAAAUUCUUUUUCUCCCAAUUUCAAAACAGGCUCACUUCAUUUAAACAAUAAUUCGUACAAAAAUUUAUCUUCAACCUCAAAUGAGAUUGCAAACGUUAAUAUAGAAGGUAAAAAUGAUGAUGGUUCAGACAGAAACAAAAUUACAAUUGAUGAUAAAAUAAAUAAGAACAAAUACAACACCAAAAAUAUCAAUCAACUAAAGGAUUCAUUAUUUGAGUCUUUUAAUAAUAUUGCCGUUAAUUAUAGUUCUGAUUCAAACAACAAUAACUCUCUUAAACUUUCUAAAGAACGUAAUAAUAAUGCUGAUGUUAGCAGCAAAAAUAGGUCACCACCUAAAAAUUACCCAUCAACUCCUGCAGCUUCUAAAUUCAAUUCAAUUUUCAAGCUUGAAGCUUUUUUAACUAAAAAAUCACCAGCUGUAACCUCUGGAAUUACAAACGUCUCCAAUGUUUCCAAUGCUUCUAAUACCUUACCCCUGUCAAGGAAAAUAAAUAGAAUUGAGUCCCGUACUCAAAUGAGAUUGAAUUUGCAAAGAAUGUCAAUGACAAAUAAAUCUACAGUCUCAAUUCAUGGUGUUCCAAGCAAUUUCAAUAUUUCAUCAAUAACUGAUAGUGACUCAAAAGAUUUGCGGACUCUUCAGAAAAGACAGAAUUAUUCUAUUGUUGAUUUGGGAUUAAACGAAACUGUGUUUUUAGGUUAUUCAAAAUUAAGGGCUUAUGAAAAUCCUUUGUUAAACUCAUUAAACUUGUUAAAUAAAUUGGAAGAAAAUUACAAAGACUUGGAUAUUGCAGAUAAAAUAGAAAUUGAUGGAGACAAGAGACGCAAAAGGCUAUUAGAGAAGAAAUUAGAGCGAUUAAAAGAUAAAGAACAACAAGAUCAUCAAGAAAGUGAACUGCUAGAGCCAGAAACGAUGUCUCAAAAACUUCAAACAAAACAACAACAGCAACAAUUGAAGCAAGCACGACUACAAGAACAGCAAGAGAACCAAUUUAAGUUUUCUUCGUCUUCAUCAUCCCCUUUAAAAAGCAUUGAUAGAACUAAAAGCAGCUCCAGUAACGAAUUUGAUUCUGAGAAUUAUUUUAAUCAAAGUUUAUUGGCAAUCAAAAAUACUUAUGAUUUGUACGCCACUACCAGUAAUGCGACUACCCAUAAACAUGAUAAAUUAAAACCUAAUCCUUCAUUGCAGUUAAGAAGAACAGCUUCACAGAUAUCGUUUUUUAAUCCCAAAAAAACAUAUAAAGCUACUAAAAAACAUGGUUACAAUGAAGAUUCACAGUUCAUUGACGAUAUUUUGGAAGAUGACUAUAGUGAUUUAUUUGUAGCCUUCAAUGAUUUUAAAGAUAAAUAUCUCAAAGGAGUUGGAGUCAAUGUGGAGGCUGAAUCACCUAUGUCCUAUGAAGAGUUGCAAGAAUUGGUACCUACAAAUCCAGUUAAAGACCUUUGUGCAUCCCCUUUAGAAUUUUAUCAAAAACAACAGGCUGAUAAAAAUAGAAAUAACAGCACAACCAGUUUAAGAUCCAACAUGAACAGAGCUUCUAAUGUCCAACAACACAGAACUAUGAAUGCUGCCAUGAUGAAUAGAGCUAUGCAACAACAACAGAGGUCAAAUAACCAAAACAACUACUAUCAAACCAACAACAACUUAUAUGGUCCUAAUGCUCCAAGAACUAGGGCAGUCGGAAAUCGAAUGAAUCAGCAACAGCAACAGCAACAACAACAGCAACAGCAGCAACAACAACAACUUGCUCAAUAUCAACAAGGUGGAAUGCAACAGCAACAACAACCGCAGCAGCAAUUUCCGCCUUACCAACAAAAUGGAAUGCAACAACAAAGAAUACUACGAUUCCAAAGACAGUCCCAGCAACAGCAGAUGCAGCGCAUGCAACAGCAGCAACAGCAGCAACAGCAAUUCCAGAAUCAACAACCGCUGCAGAUGCAAAGAAUGGCUUCUCGAUAG